AAUUUAAACGCAGCCAAUCGCUGCUCUCCUUCUCGAUUGCGUGUUGAUUUGGGUUGGAGCAUCUCUUGUGGUCACCGGUCUGCUCUCAUCAAUCCUUCCGACGCUCGACACAUGCGCGUGGAUCUGCAGUCCAUGGAUUUUUACUUUGAGUCAACGCUCUGUGCAAAGAAAGUUUUUUUUUUUGACUAGACUUAAUUAUCCGUGAACAAAACCGAAUACGAGGUGGAAUAAGAGAAUAAAUUAUAUUAAGGAUGAGAGUUUGGUGAAAAGUGCAACUCAACUGAAUGCGCGGGGCGCUGCUGCUGCUGGACUUCAAAUCAGAAAAAAACACACACACAAUCCAGCCGGUGUGACCUUUCGUCUUUUUACGAUGGGAAAACAUGACUGCACUGCUCUCCCAAAAUAAAAAGGUACUAAUAACACAACCAAUCCGGAUCGAUCAACGAGGUUGAUUGAGGGGUCCACCUCAAGUCUCUAAACUGGAUCCUACUGCUUUCAUCGAUCAGCGGAUUUGAUUGAUCCCCUUCAGUCACUUAACACCCUCAAAGGGAGAAGAUGCCGUUCCACCAUGUGACGGCAGGCCUGCUCUACAAAGGGAACUACCUGAGCCGCUCGCUGUCGGACAGUGACAGCGAUGUGCUGGCCAGCAUCUCCGUGGAGGAGCUUCAUGAGAUCCGGGAGGCGUUUAAGGUGCUGGAUCGUGACGGGAACGGGUUCAUUUCCAAACAGGAGCUGGGUAUGGCCAUGCGCUCUCUGGGCUACAUGCCUAGUGAGGUAGAGCUGGCCAUCAUCAUGCAGAGACUAGACAUGGAUGGGGAUGGACAAGUUGAUUUUGAGGAGUUUAUGACGAUCCUUGGACCCAAACUCCUGUCGUCUGAAACAAGAGAAGGCUUCCUGGGCAGCACAAUAGAUACCAUCUUCUGGCAGUUCGACAUGCAGAGAAUCACUCUUGAGGAGCUGAAACACAUCCUGUUUUACGCCUUCCGCGACCACCUCACCAUGAAGGACAUUGAGAACAUUAUCAUCAACGAGGAAGAGAGCCUGAAGGAAAACUCUGGCAACUGUCAGACAGAGUUUGAGGGAGUUCACCCUUCAAAGAAGAACCGUCAGACGUGCGUGAGGAAGAGCCUCAUCUGCGCUUUUGCCAUGGCAUUUAUCAUCAGCGUAAUGCUCAUCGCGGCCAAUCAGAUGCUGAGGAACGGCAUGGAGUAGCCGCGCCCACUGUGAGCGGAGAACAAGCCAGCCUGCAUGUGCAUGCCAGUGGGUGUGGUCAUUUCCCUGUUGAUAGGAAAAGAACUACAAUGAAUAACACUUAAAAUAACCAUUGACAAAGUCCAUUUUAAAAAUCACACUUAGUUUUUUUUGAACAAGUGGCGCCUCACCACCUGACAUCCAAUGAAACUGUGAAGCCAGCAUGAGGAGUCAUGCAGGACUCCUCCCCCUUUACUCUGUCAGGGACAAUCAAGGGCUGACAUUACACAUAAUACUCUGUUGUGUCUGUUUCCCUGAUGCAAUAAAAAAAGUAGUGCAGGAGAUCAGAGCUGCUUGCUUUUCCAAGCAGGCCAGAUGAUGUGUCACCCACCAGGAGUCUGAUGAGCUACCAAGGCUGCAGUCUGGGCCCCUAAAAGGAAUUAGAGAAAGCGAACAAUUUCCGUCUUAUUAUAGUUCCUGGAAGCAUGAUGGCAGUCCUCGCUGCCCCUCAAGCAGAAGGAUCUGUACGUGUCAGGCCACAGCUCCAGCAGCUCCCAGGGUGCUACGAUACUCCAGCUCUCCGACUUUCUAUUUUCAACUACUGCAUUUGUGGGCUAAAGUGCUGGCAUCAGUUCAUUAGCCCCACACACCAAGCAGUCAAGUGAACAAAAUGUUAAAUGGUAACUCCAGAUGUGGUGUUUUGCCCUUUCGACAUUCAUGAAUAAACACAGAAGCUCUGGAAGUUUGGUUUUCAAUGUUGGGUGAACACUGUUCAAGGUGCAAAGAAAAUAUUUCUUUGUCCUAUUAAAAUGAAUAAAAUCCACCCUUUCAAUGAUCAAACUGUUAAAAUAUUGUCUCUCGGUGGUGUGGAGUGUGCUCCAGGAGUUAUUUUGUAAGGUGACUGAAUUCAACUUCCUUUCGUCAGCAUUAUUUCUGCCUCAGUUGGUUAUUUCCUACAUUUCCCAAAAUGGCUUUGGACGGCCCCCAGAGAGCGAGUGUGAAACCAUUGCAUUCAAAGGCAAUCGUAAGAGCAAAAUGGCCGGAGGUUUUCCAGUCGACAAAACUUUAAUUGAAUCUUUUACUCUAAUUGCAGCAUGUCUUGCGGCUGUGAUGCAUUCUGGCUCCCUGACAGAUUUGAGAGACCUGCAUGUAAGUUGGUGCCAUUACUAAAUUAAGCUGAUACUUUUCAUACUAGUUUGAAAAUAUAUGCGAUACCACAUCAUCUGUGGUGGCAAGUCGCCCAUGGAAAUAAAAACAAUUGAUUUAGGGAUUGACGACAUAUCACCGUCAGCACAGGAUUAUCUUUCAACAUUGUUGAAGUGCUUCAGGGUGGAUUUUGUUUUGUCCUUCAAAUCCCAACAAAUGUCGUUAAUGAUGUACAGCUUAGUGCUGUGAAAAGUUGAAUCACCUUUAGUUUCAUAAAAAGGUUGUUGUUCUCAAAAAACAACUCUAAAAUGAAAUAAUUGAAAUGGUUUGCCUUUUGUCAGUUUUAAUAUUUGUUUACUUUAUAAUAAAAUAUACUUAUUUAUUAAUGUAGUACUUUUGAUCAGUUUCAUUAAUUUCAAACAUAAAAUUCAAAUAAAAAGGUGUGCAAAACUAAGGCACCAUUUGAUUUGUCCUCUAUUUUUAUUAACAUUUCAUUUCUUACGUCUUUCAUUGCAAAAACAACUCUUAAUCCAUUAAUGUGUGAAUCUUACUCUCUUAAUCUUAAUCUCUUAAUCUGUAAGCACUUAAAAAAUUGAAUUGAAUUAUUUUUUAAUCAAAGUUCUGCAACAAUUUCUCACAAAAGGCAAAAAGAAAACAAGUGUAUCAGUGACUUGCAUACUUUUUUAUUUACGUUCUUUCAUUUUUUUUAAAUAUGAAACUGUUCCCAUUUGUGUGAUAGAAGACAAUGCGAAGACCACAGAUAAAGAAUUUUGAACCAAUUCUAUAAAACAAUAGGGGCCUUGCAAACUUUCUCACAGCUCUGAAUGAUUUCAAGACACGUCUUGACUUGUUAAUUCUCGCUGAGGUCGGCUCUGAACUCCUGCACUGACUCUCGUCUCAACAUGUAAACCCAGCCAGGGGUCACAAACACCCAUGUUAUCAAGUGCAUGCGAUCAAGUCAGUGUCGUCUGUAAAUUCUGUAAGCACGUCUGAAGUGUCUGUUGACGAUGUACAGUAUCUCUGAAUGUGCAUGACUGUCGGUGCUCUCUGCUCACUGGGGUUCAGAGGUGCAGGGAGGGAGAGCAGCAGAUAGAGAGGCGCCUGCAUCAUUACAAACACAUCAGACGCAGGCGGCAAAGGCCCUUUCUGCUUCCUCUGAACACUCUUGCCAAAGCCAUAGAACUCCACAGAGGUGGACCAGACAACACAACAUAGACAAUUUUCCCUGUUCCAACAUGGAAAUACAAGAUCAAUCUGGCAUUUUGUAGCAGAAAUGUGUCCGUCAUGUCUGAUUUAAUUUGUCCUUGUUUUUGUUUUUGCAUUGUACCUGUCAUCCAUUUUAGUGAAAUGACAAGGAGCGCUGUUUGUUUGUGUGAGAGUGCCAUCUAGAGGUCAAGGGAGUGCACAUUGUCCAUGUUGUUGUCCCACUACAGUGUGUGUUGGCAUUAUUUUCACAAUGUCUGGCAAUUGUUGAUCUUAAAUGUUAAAAUAUAACGAUGUCUCUGUAUGUAUGUAUGUAUGUAACAAUGUGUGUAUGUAUGUAUAGGUUGACUUUGAUCUACCAACACUGUGGGUAGAGCAUUACUGAUUUGAACACAGUGUAUUUAUAGGAAUAGAUUAGUUGCCUAUGGCAGAAAAAGUCCUCUCGAAUUUGUAGAAGGUUUCAUUCACAGAAAAUUGACCAAUAUUACAUUUUGGAGACAGUCUAAAAUGCCUUGUAGGUCACACUGGUUUUGAUUUCUUUUUGAUUUUAAAAAGUGACGCUGAUUAAAAAGUUUGAUUUUGAUUUUGUUCUUGCCGUAGUAGUGGAAAUUUUCCACCGAAUUCACAGCUAACCACGGUUAGUAUGUAGGGGCGUGUAGUGUUUAUUUGUUCUUUGAGAACUUUCUCUUUUAAAUUGUAUUUUCAUUUGUUUUUGGAGAUUUGAGUUAUUGUUACUGUGGUUACAGUUUUACCGUAAUGAAACGGUACCGGCCCCUGCUGAACGGUUGCAUGUCUAAAUAGUUUUUUUUGGAGGGGGAAACACACAGUGUCUCUUCAGUAGCAUGGUGAUUGGAUCCCACAUGUUUUGUUAUGUAACUUUGUAGAUAGCUAGUAACAUAGCAUAUGUAUUAGACAAGCACUACCAACUUUGCAUGUGCAAUAUUUAAAUAUGUAGGCUAGCUAAACACUUUGAGUUGUACUAUUUAUUAAAGGCAUAAUAAUUAUGAAAUUGUAAAUAGAAAUCUGUACAAAAGUCAAAGAAUUAAGCAUUGACGCAAUAAAACAAUGUUUUUUAAA